GUCCCACCUGUCCCGCAGAUGACCUCCUCCACCAAGGUGUACUACAGCCAGACCACGCAGACCGACAGCCGCCCGCUGAUGGGGCCGGGGCUGCGGCGGCGCCGGGUGCUGACCAAGGACGGCCGCAGCAACGUGCGCAUGGAGCACAUCUCGGACAAGCGCUUCCUGUACCUCAAGGACCUGUGGACCACCUUCAUCGACCUGCAGUGGCGCUACAAGCUGCUGCUCUUCUCCGCCACCUUCGCCGGCACCUGGUUCGCCUUCGGCGUGGUCUGGUACCUGGUGGCGGCGGCGCACGGCGACCUGCUGGAGUUCGCCCCCCCCCCCGGCUUCCGCUACAUCAGCGAGGAGUGCCCGCUGGCCAUCGUGCUGCUCAUCACCCAGCUGGUGCUCACCACCAUCCUGGAGAUCUUCAUCACCGGCACCUUCCUGGCCAAGAUCGCGCGGCCCAAGAAGCGCGCCGAGACCAUCAAGUUCAGCCAGAACGCGGUGGUGGCGCAGCACGACGGCAAGACCUGCCUGAUGAUCCGCGUGGCCAACAUGAGGAAGAGCCUCCUGAUCGGCUGCCAGGUCACCGGCAAGCUGCUGCAGACGCACCUGACCAAGGAGGGCGAGAGCGUGCGGCUCAACCAGCUCAACGUGGACUUCCAGGUGGACACGUCCUCGGACAGCCCCUUCCUCACCCUGCCGCUGACCUUCUACCACGUGGUGGACGAGGCCAGCCCGCUGCGGGACGUGUCGCUGCGCUCGGGCGACGGCGACUUCGAGCUGGUGGUCAUCCUGAGCGGCACCGUGGAGUCGACCAGCGCCACCUGCCAGGUGCGCACCUCCUACCUGCCCGAGGAGAUCCUGUGGGGCUACGAGUUCACGCCGGCCAUCUCGCUGUCGGCCAGCGGCAAGUACGUGGCGGAUUUCAGCCUCUUCGACCGCGUGGUGAAGGUGGCGGCGCCCCGCUGCCACCACGAGGCCGUGCGGUUCGGGGACCCCGAGAAGGUGAAGCUGGAGGAGUCGCUGCGGGAGGCGGAGCGGGACGGGGAGGGGGCCCCGCUGAGCGUCCGCAUCAGCAACGUCUGAGGGGGGACGCGGCGGUGACGUCGGCGCCGGGCUGGCAUCGCGGUGAGGGGUGGCACCGCAGCCGGGGGUGGCACCGGUGCCCAGGUGGCACCGGA